CACAAGACGCUGAUUUGCUAGGUUGCAUUUUACUGGUCAACAUUCAUAAUUUUUUACUACAUUAGCAAAAAUUGUACAAUACACUGGAAAUGAGAACUAGCUAGCUAGUUGGCAAGCUUUAUUAUUAUUAUUUCUGACCACUGACGGUUUUUGUGCUUGUUGUGUUUGACAUUUAGCUAGUUUAGCAAACUCUGCGGUGAGCCAGACAAAUAAGGUGCUGUAACGUUAACUAGUACUGAAGUUAACCUCCCAUGGCUCCAAUGGGAAUCCGUCUAUCGCCACUUGGAGUGGCCGUGUUUUGUUUAUUGGGAAUUGGCGUCAUAUAUCACCUCUAUGCCGGAGUGAUAUCAAGCAGGAUAGCUGCCUUCACGCAAAAAAAAACCGUAAGCCUCCGGGACCUGCUCGCAUUGUCAGUGGAGGCUGCAGUCCAAGGCGGUCAGGAAGUAAAGAGGGUGCGUGAAGACAACAAGCUGGAAGAGAAGACCAAGGGGAAAACGAAGGAAGGAGCGAGCGAAAAGCUUACUCAGGGGGACUUAAAUUCGCACAGAAAGAUGUAUUAUCUAAUAAAGAACACCUACCCAUAUUUACAGGUCAAUUCUGAAGAGCAUGAUGAGACAAACAAUGAACAGGGUGUGUGGAACCGAGAAAUCCCAGCUGAAAUCCUGAGGAGGGUAGAGGGGAGCCGAGAGGUGCCUGCAGACAGCAUCACAGUCUGGAUAGACCCACUGGACGCCACACAGGAGUACACCGAGAACCUGCUGAAAUAUGUGACGACCAUGGUGUGCGUGGCUGUCAAUGGAAAACCGGUGAUAGGCGUGAUCCACAAACCUUUCACUGGAAUCACAGCAUGGGCCCUUGUCGGCGAGGCAUCUAACAUGAAGCCUCACGCCACCUACAACAUGAACUCCCCCAAGGUCAUUGUAUCACGCUCGCAUGCCGGGAAAGUGAAGGGUUUCGUCGAGGAGGCUUUUGGCAACAGUACCAUCAUUCUGCCCGCAGGGGGCGCAGGCUACAAAGUGCUGGCUCUGCUAGACCCGAUUGAUGAGGAAACCGAGAAGGCCGACAUGUACAUCCACGUCACCUUCAUUAAGAAGUGGGACAUCUGCGCCGGCAACGCCAUGCUCUCAGCUCUUGGAGGUCACAUGACCACGCUAAAGGGUGAGCAGAUAGACUAUUCCGGGGACUUUGGCAACAAGGGUGGCUUGCUGGCCAGCAUCAAGUUGGAUCACCAAGCCCUUGUUGCCAAACUGCCGGCAUGGGACUCUGCUGAUAAACACUGAAAGAUAGAGAGACUCCCAUUGUACACAAACAACAGCAAAGAUAUUCACACACACUAACUCCCGUAUGUGCACAUAUACUCACAAAGACAAAUGGCUGAGUUGACAACAGGCCUUGAAGACUAGAAUCAACACAGACAAGAGAACCGCACAGUCUGGGAUGAGAAAAUAUUACAGUGUAUUAACAGAGCCCAUCAGUCUCUCCUUCAUACUCCUUAUACCAUUUCUGAAUAAUAUUUGUAUUAAAAAGUUACUUAGAAGAGUUAAAGGUGCCACAUAUGGGAUUUUCUUUCUUCUCAAUUUGUUUCAUGCCAGCGUUGUGAUUUAGUGGUUGCUAAGAAUCUGUAGUGUAGUAUUUUUAUGUGAGACAAGCUGCACUACAUAUUUUAGGCAAUCAUUUUGCCAUAAUGUACCAUCUAAAGUUUUUAUAUUUAUUAGGCAUUUUAUGCUUUUUUGGACAAGACAGUGGUGAACGAUAUGUGAGAGUUUUUGCUCAUCAGUAGAUGGGAUUUGAACCCACACUGCAGCAGUACAUGUUUACCGGAAGCAGUGUCUUAGACUGAUGGAUCAUCCUAGGUCAGUAGUUACUUGAUUGCUGUGAAUAUAUUAACUCCCUUUUGGUCGAAAGAUCUGUUUGAAAUUUGUCCCCUAGGUGUUGUACAUUGUUGUCUUCCUCAGGAAACCGUGUUUUUACUGUUGUAUAAACUGGUACACCAAAAGAGUUUGACACGUGUGUGCUAAAUGAAAUAGAGAAGGGCAAGAUUGUUUUGUAUAAAGCAUGCUAUUAUUUUCAAGCAAGGGGACAAAUCCCAUCUGUAGCACUUUCAACAGCUGAGCUAUUUCUAGAAAAAGUGAGCAAAUAGGUUAAGGAAAAGCUACAUGUGUGUGUACAACUAUAGCGUGUUUCAAAGAGAUGAUUGCCUUUCAUUGGCAUGGAACCUUAGUCAAUGCUGUAGCGUUGUUUUUGUCACCGGUGGGAUGUGAUUGCUUUUAAAGGCACAGGGCAAAAUAUGGUGGAUUUUACUUCCUGUAUUUAAUGUAAAAUAGAAGCCAUUUUCCCUGUAGCAAAAUAACAUCCUAUGACUAGGUGGCUUCUGUUAGUUGCUAAUUGCUACAGAAGUUAUGCUAGAAAGGGUGACCAUUUGAGGGCGAUGAAUGGUUUAACUAUUGCUUGAAAUGUUACAUAAUAGGGGUGGGUUUUGGCUGCCACAAAAGGAAUUGAAUUUGCAUGGUACUUCAUAUUCACUCAAGUUUGAGUACACUACUGUAUGUAUGUGAAUGUACAGCUGUAUAAUGUUUUAUUAAGAACUAUUUCUAUUUUCUGUGUGAGUUCACUGCUAACAUCAGCCUCACUGCCUAUUCACUUUUGGGGGAUAGGUGAUAUACUUAAGGCAGGGUCUGGUAAAUACAGGUACAACCCAACAAGUAAUGAUUGGAUACCGGCCAUUGCAGUGGUACUGUACCUUGUCAAUAUACCACAAACCCCUGCCUUAUUACUGUUAUAAUGCUUAUUACCAAUGCAAUUAGAACAGUAAAAAUACAUUCGUUCUCGUA